AUGGCGCAUCCGGCUAUCAAGAUCGAUACCAGCGUCCCGGCAACCAAGCGCGAGCUGCCGGACGGCGAUGCGGGCCUCGAUAUUAGUGAGCAGGGAAAUCCCAGGUUGGAAGCUGGAAACACGGACGACGUACCGCCGUUCCUAUGCCAAUCAGUUUCGGAGAUCCACGACAAAUUCGAGGACCUAGAAUGGAUGCAGAGGUCGCGCAUGGCCGAGGGUCUGCUCUCCAACGAUCCCUCUCACCCCUACGCGCUCGAGGCCGAUCCCAAGGUCAAGGCGAGGAAUCGGUACAUCAACGUGCAGGCAUGGGCGAACUGCCGAAUCCAUCUGCGGGUACCUGAAGGCGAGUGUGAUUUCAUCAACGCCUCGCCGAUCACCCUUAAAGAUUCGAUCACGCAGGAAGAGCGGAAGUAUAUUGCGACGCAGGGUCCCAAACAUGGGAAUCUCGCACAUUUUUGGCACAUGGUCUUUCAUGAGAGCAAGGAGGUCGGCGUCAUCGUUAUGCUCACUCAGACUUUUGAAGCUGGCCGGGAGAAAUGCGCUCAAUAUUUUCCGUUGGACUCGGAGCAGGCCUCGAUGGUCCUAUCAAAAAGUGAAUUCGACUCCUUUUCGAGCGACAAGAAUGGCCAACAGGAAGAUGGCGGCGUCUGGGGCAAAGUUACCCUGUUAGAGACGACCUUUGAUAGCAAGUCACGUUCUGAGAUUCGUAAACUCGAGCUCACCAUCGGCUCGGAGUCGAAGAUCGUGUGGCACUUCCUUUUCGCGGGCUGGGCGGACUACUCUAAACCCGAAGGAAGCGACCGCCAGGCGCUGCUUGAUUUGAUCAAUCUGUCGGCCUCCAAAUGCAGCUCGGACAACCCACGUGUGGUGCAUUGCAGCGCGGGUGUUGGCCGCACAGGAACCUUUAUUGCGCUCGACCAUCUCCUGCGCGAGCUUGAGUCGGGCCAGUUACUGCAGGUUGACGAUCCGGAGAUUGACCCCGUAUUCGAAACCGUCAAUCAAAUGCGCGAACAACGCAUGAUGAUGGUAUAUAACGAAAUGCAGAUGCAGUUCAUCUACGAGGUGCUUCGAGAGCAGGCUGAUACCAAGCUGGGCAAGAUUUCGAAGCCCAAUGAUGUCGAGUCACCCGGCAGCCAGACCGACGAGCGAUCUACAAAGAUGACCAAGCUGGCUGACGAGGCGGAUUAUCAGCCUGCGUCAAAGCCCGAACUGGAGGCCACCUCAGACCGAGUUCCAACUCCGACACGAAGCUGGUCCGGAACGCCCGAGGUCUCCGAUAAUGAGUAG